AUGGGCACUUUCACCUUCAAGUGGCCCCAUGAUGCCGAGGAAGUCUACGUGACAGGCACCUUUGACGACUGGAGCAAGAGCGAGCAGCUUGACCGCGUUGGACAGAUCUUCCAGAAGACCGUAACGCUACCGAAGACCUCGGAAAAGAUUUACUACAAGUUUGUCGUCGACGGAGUUUGGACUACAGACCACACGGCGCCUCAGGAGAAGGAUCACGAAGGCAACGAAAACAACAUUUUAUUACCCAAGCAAAUAAUGGCGGACAAGGUAGAAGAGGCCGGCCCCGCCACGGCCACCAUCAACACAGUCACCCCCGAAUCCACCACCGCUCAAUUGGCCGCUGUCGUCCCCUUGACGGCCGACAAGGAGCCCACAGCUCCCGCGGGGGAGAAGAAGAAGGAGGAGGUUGCUGCUCCGGCUGAGGAGCAGAAGUCCGCCGAGGUUUCGCCUCCCGGCACCUAUCCUGAGACUCCUCUUGCCGAGCUCGACAAGCAGGUCAAGGUUGACCCCCUCCCCGCCGCCAUUGGCGCCGUCAACCCCAUCUCGUUGCCGGCUGGUGAGCCAGUUCCCGGCGCUGCCAGAGUUGAGGCCAUCGACAGCCACGUCACCUUGGACAAGGAGUCGUACGAGAAGUCUGAUCGUAUUCCCGGCAUUGAGACCGAGCUUCCCCCAGUCACCAGCACCAUGAUCCCUGAGUCCAGCCUGCCAAUCGCUGGCGUUAAUGAUGUCACCAUUAACACCGUUGGUCCCGACUCCACCACAGCCACUCUUGCCGCCCAGGCUCCCCUGGAAGGCAAGGUGCCCGAAAUCGUCAAGCACAGCCAAAAAGAGGCCCAUGUUGAGCCUGAGGCCAGCGCCAUCGAGGAGGAGGUGAAGGAGAAGGCUGCCGUCGAGGAGGAGCUUCUUCAGAAGGUUCCCAAGGUCCCUUCCACUUCCGAGGGUACUGCGGGUGUGGGCACCGACAAGUCGGAGAACGACAAGUCAGUGGCUGAGACUGUCGCCGCUGUUGCUGCCACCGCCGGCACUGCUCUCCUCGGUGCUGCCGUCGUUGCUGCCCAGAACGCCGGCGAGGUUGCAACCGAGGUCGCCCACAAGGUCAGCGAUGUUGCUGCUGACUACGCCGCCAAGGCUCCCGAGGUUGCCAGUGAUGUCGCCCAGAAGGCUACCGAGGUUGCUAGCGACGCCGCCCAGAAGGCGAGCGAGGCUGCUGCCAACGUCACUACCCAGGCCACCGAGACUGCCACCGAGGCUACCCAGACGGUGACCGAAGUCGCUACCGAUGCCGCUACCAACCUUCCCGAUUCCGUCAAGGAGGUCCUUCCCGAGUCUGUUCAGCAGACCAUCACCGAGGCCCAGCAACAAGCGGUUGCGGCCAAGCAAGAGGAGAUUGUGGAGAGCCUAGCCCCUGAGGUUCCUGCCCCUGUGAAGGAGUCCUUCAAGGAGGCUCUCGAGAGCCCCGAGGCUGUGGCCAACACUGCUUCUGUGGAGGAGAAGGCUGCUGUAGAGGCUGAGCUUUUGAAGGAGGUGAAGCCCGCAGAUUCCAUUGAGGAGUCUGCCGCCAAGGCCCAGGCGUACAUCAAGGCCGAGGAAGCUAAGGCGGAACAGGAGGCCAAGGCUGCUGCUGCCGCGAAGAUUGAGGAAGAGACCAAGGUUGUCGCCGAUGUUGUUCCUGUUGAGGUCAAGGAGUCUUUGGAGAAGGCUGGCGAGAGCCCAGAGGCUGCUAGCAAUGCUGCUGCGGUUGAGGACAAGAGGGAGGUCGAGGCCGAACUCUUGGAGGAGGUCAAGGCUGUCGAGCCAGAGCCCCUCAAGAUUGAUGCGCCAAAGCCCGUCGAGGAGACCAAGGCUGCCGAUACUGCUGUGGUCGUUGAGCCACCUGCUGCCGCUGAGGAGGUCAAGGCUGUCGACGCUGCCCCGGUUGCCGAGCCAGUUGCUGCUGAGCCUGCGUCCAUCAGGGCUGUUGAGCUCCCCCCAGCUGUUGAAGAGCCCAAAGUUGAGGAAACCAAGGUUGUGGAGCCCAAGGUUGAGGGGCCCAAGGUUGAGGAGCCCAAGGCUGAGGAGACCAAGGCUGAGGAGGCCAAGGUUGCUGCUGAGGGUGAGGCUACCACUUCUGCCGUUCCCGCUACUACCACCGAAGCCACCACCACCACUGCCACCGAGGCCACCGCCGAGGAGGCCAAGCCCGCUACCAAUGGAAGCACACCUGCUGCUGAUGCCGCGGCCACGGAUGCCGCCGUUGCCGAGGCCACGGGUGCUGAUGCCACCCUCACCAAGACCACCACGGCCGACAAGAAGAAGAACAGAGUUAGCGGCUUCUUCGCCAAGCUGAAGCAGAAGUUCUCCGGGCAUUAAACCUCUUUUCAGCAGAGUUGUGUUUUUUGAUUCAGGACUUGGGCGUAUAAAUCAGCUUGUUUUCUAGCUCGGGGCUGCUACUUUCCUAUCUGCCUGUUUUCUCUCUCAUGAUUCCCCCCCUGGUUUGCAAGGUGGAUGUUCCGCACAUAUGUCAUAGGCUGAGGGCAUUCGUUGUUUCAGAAAAGCAUUGGUCGGGAUUGUUAUUAUCCGGAACGAGGUCUUCUGAUGGGGCUCUUUGCCUGUGUUGUGUCGGUGUCAUCGUUGGUGGUGGAGUGUGUGGUGGAUAAAGGAACGAAAGACUCGUCUAUAGUUUGGGGGACUUGAUUCAUAUACAACAAGGUGAAAGAACGGGAUGGGUUAUGUUUUUGUUUUCGAUUGUGGGAGGAAGUUUGAUUGAGUUGUGGUGGGUUGUUUGGGUGAUUCGCGAU